AUGCUCGGGUGGACUUCGCGUCCCCCCGGUUUAGGAACCUGUCACCGAAGUUGGGAGACCCGCCCGGGGCAGGCAGCGAGGUUUUGGGGGGAAAAUACAACAAGUUGUGAAAUUGCUGUGCUGGCAAGCCCAAUUCUGGGCGCUGCUCUUUGA